CCAAUUUGAAGCAGCUCAGAACUAGGCUAUGGUUCCAGACCGGGUAUACUGUAUUAAAGGGUGCUACUUCAACUCAAUUUAGCUGUGUUGCAUACACUGUCCUAGAUGUAGACUAUUUGUUAUUAUUGUGCAGCGUACUACCUGCGUUAUCCAAAAUAACAACUCAGAUAACACACCAAGUCUAUUUUAAAGAGGACAGUUGGUCUAUGAAUUAGGUAUCCUUAUUUUGGAAUUAGUUUAAAAGUUAUUCUUGGGGAUAGACUUUUCUGCUAAGACAUUUAUGCUCCUCUGUUUUCUCUCUCAUGGGGAUAUAGAGAAUGGCAUAAACCGAAAAGAGAUGGACAGAGGAGAGAAGUCAUCUGGCUACUACGGAAUUUCAGCGCAGGCGAAGUCUAUUGUCUGCACUCUGUAACGUUACUCUACUCUCCACAGUCGGGCUUUGCCGCUGACAAUGAAGAUGAGGACGGUAUGCAGAUGGAUUGGUCAAGACAAGCUUCCAAUAUAGAUCUAGAUCUAUAGAUCUGCUGCUGUGGAUGUGCUUGAAGUGAGUGACUGACUGACUGACUGAUCUGUCGAUGGAUUCUAGCAUCACCACCACCCAUGACGAGUGGCUGACAUGAGCUCCAAGGGAAACGCCAGUGAGGUCUGGAAGUCUCUGCUGCCCUCAGGAGGAAUCUGAGUGUCUCGGAGACGUUCUCUGGAUGAGACCUGGAUGAGACGAGAAGAGAAGAAGAAGUAGUGAGAACAUUCCCCCCACAGAGGACCCAAACCAUGGGCUUGUUAUGGUGCCAGGCACGCCGGACUGAUCGUGUGUUCCUAGCCCGUCAGUAGCACCACCCCCUCACCCCUCCUCCCCCCCAACCCCAUGUCAGACCUUUCUCUGAAUGAUGGAAAUUUUGCGGAAGACGCUGACUUGUAUAUUGAUAUUGAGCCUGGUGGUGGUCAUGGCUUCCUCUGAAUUUCAAAGACUUUCGCACAACUCACAAGUGGAGUACCUGUCCUACCUGCAGCACUACCAGCUGACUGUGCCGAUGCAGGUGGACGAGAAUGGGGACUUCCUCAGCUACACUGUGAAACACCACCGGCCCGGUCGCAGGAGACGGACCGCCGACCCAACCAGCACCACCGUCGGCCCAGAGUCAACCGACCACGCCGAACAGGACCCGGCCCAGACCCGAGUCUUCUACAGACUGUCGGCUUACGGAAAGCACUUUCACUUAAACUUGACCCUCAACCCCCAGCUGGUGUCCAAACAUUUCACGGUGGAGUACUGGGGGAGAGAAGGCCUGGAGUGGAGACAUGACAUGGUGGAGAACUGCCACUAUGUAGGAUACCUGCAGGAUCAGUACAGCUCCACCAGAGUAGCACUCAGUAACUGUAAGGGCUUGCACGGUGUUAUUACCACAGAAGAAGAGCAGUAUUUAAUAGAGCCAUUCAAGAAUAUAUCGUCCACCACUUCCAGCCAAUGGGACCAGGGAGAAGGACAGCAGCAUGUUAUUUAUAAAAAGUCUUCCAUUCCCUCGCCGCAGCAGCAACCCAACCAGCAUGAGUUCAGCUGUGGCAUCUCAGACCUCACAAAAAACGCCAGCCCCUGCCAACAUAGCACUCCUUCCCCAACCUCUCCAUCCUCCUCUCCCUCCCCCUCGUCCUCCCCCCCCCCAGCCCCUGGGUCCAACAGCACCCUGCCCGGGGGGGCCCACAGACGGAGACGGUCACUCAGCACGGAACGUUUCGUAGAGACCCUGGUGGUAGCUGAUAAGAUGAUGGUUGGUUACCAUGGCCGCAAAGACAUCGAGCAUUAUAUCCUGUCUGUGAUGAAUAUUGUUGCCAAACUUUACCGUGAUGCCAGCCUAGGAAACGUUGUGAACAUUAUAGUAACCCGCCUGAUCGUACUGACUGAGGACCAGCCCAACCUGGAGAUCAACCACCAUGCAGACAAGUCUCUAGACAGCUUCUGUAAGUGGCAGAAGUCCAUCCUCAGUCACCAAGGAGACGGGAACAGCAUCCCGGAGAACGGCAUGGCUCACCAUGACAACGCUGUCCUCAUCACACGGUACGACAUCUGCACGUACAAGAACAAACCCUGUGGGACUCUAGGCUUGGCGUCAGUAGCUGGAAUGUGUGAGCCGGAGAGGAGUUGCAGCAUCAAUGAAGACAUCGGCCUGGGUUCUGCUUUCACCAUCGCUCACGAGAUUGGCCACAAUUUCGGGAUGAACCAUGAUGGAAUAGGAAACUCGUGUGGGACUAAAGGCCAUGAGGCAGCCAAGCUGAUGGCGGCCCACAUCACAGCUAACACCAACCCCUUCUCCUGGUCGGCCUGCAGUAAGGACUAUAUCACCAGCUUCCUCGACUCAGGUCGGGGGACGUGUCUGGACAAUGAACCUCUGAAACGAGACUUCCUGUACCCAACAGUGGCCCCGGGGCAGGUGUACGACGCAGACGAGCAGUGUCGCUUCCAGUAUGGAGCUUCCUCACGACAGUGCAAAUAUGGGGAAGUGUGUAGAGAGCUCUGGUGCCUUAGCAAAAGCAACCGCUGUGUCACCAACAGUAUCCCUGCUGCUGAGGGGACCCUGUGUCAGACUGGCAGCAUCGAGAAAGGGUGGUGCUACCAGGGGGAGUGUGUGAUAUUUGGGACGUGGCCCCAGAGUGUGGACGGAGGCUGGGGCCCCUGGUCGUCGUGGGGGGAGUGCAGCAGGACCUGCGGAGGGGGAGUCUCUUCCUCCAUGAGACAUUGUGACAGCCCAGCGCCUUCUGGAGGAGGGAAGUACUGUCUCGGAGAGAGGAAGCGCUACAGAUCGUGUAACACAGACGCAUGUCCUUCGGGAUCCCGGGAUUUCCGGGUGAAGCAGUGUGCCGACUUCGACAGCAUGCCGUUCCGUGGGAAAUACUACAACUGGAAGCCCUACACUGGAGGUGGUGUGAAGCCGUGUGCUCUGAACUGUCUGGCGGAGGGCUAUAACUUCUACACCGAGCGCUCCCCAGCCGUCAUCGAUGGAACACGCUGCCAGGCCGACUCACUGGACAUCUGCAUCAAUGGAGAGUGCAAGCACGUAGGCUGUGACAACAUCCUGGGUUCGGACGCCAAGGAGGACCGCUGUCGGGUGUGUGGAGGGGAUGGCAGCACCUGUGAGGCCACAGAGGGACUGUUCAAUGACUCCCUACCCAGAGGAGGUUACAUGGAGGUUGUUCUGAUACCAAGGGGAUCAGUCCACAUAGAAAUCCAAGAAAUUGCCAUGUCCAAGAACUACAUCGCAUUGAAGUCAGAGGGAGAUGACUACUUCAUCAACGGAGCGUGGACCAUCGACUGGCCCAGGAAGUUUGACAUCGCAGGGACGGCGUUCCACUACAAGAGACCACUUGACGAACCUGAGUCACUAGAGGCCCUGGGGGCCACCACGGAAAACCUAGUCGUCAUGGUUCUUCUCCAGGAACAGAACAUGGGGAUCCGUUAUAAGUUCAACGUUCCCAUCCAGAGGACAGGAAGUGGGGACAAUGAGGUGGGCUUCUCCUGGCACCAUCUGGUCUGGUCCGACUGCUCCACCACCUGCGCUGGAGGUUCUCAGAAGCAGGAAGUGCUGUGUAAGCGUCUGGAUGAUAACUCGGUGGUGCAGAACAGCUACUGUGACCCAGACAACAAACCUCCGGAGAACCAGAGGUCCUGCAACACUGAACCGUGUCCCCCGGAGUACGUACAGUGGUUUAUCGGGGACUGGUCGGACUGUGGGAAGACGUGUGAUGGCGGGAUGCGGACUCGGACGGUUCUGUGCAUCAGGAAGAUGGGUCCUGCUGAGGAGGAGACCCUGGAGGACAGCCACUGUCUGACGCACCGACCAAUAGAACGAGAGGCCUGCAACAACCAGUCCUGCCCCCCUCGGUGGGUCACUCUGGAUUGGUCAGAGUGUACACCCAAAUGUGGCCCUGGGUUCAAGCACCGCAUUGUGCUGUGUAAGAGCAACGACCUGACCAAGACCUUCCCGCCCGCCCACUGUCCCUCCCACAAUAAGCCCCCCGUCAGGAUCCGCUGUAGUCUGGGACGCUGUCCGCCACCUAGAUGGAUCCCAGGGGAAUGGGGACAGUGCUCAGCGCAGUGUGGGCUGGGCCAGCAGAUGCGGACUGUGCAGUGUCUCUCCUACACGGGCCAGCCCUCCAGUGAGUGUACCGAGGGCCUCAGACCCACUGCCAUGCAGCAGUGUGAGAGCAAGUGUGACGCCAUGCCCAUCGCCAACGGUGACGAAUGCAAAGACGUAAACAAAGUGGCAUACUGCCCACUGGUGCUGAAGUUCAAGUUCUGUGGCCGUGCGUACUUCAGACAGAUGUGCUGCAAGACGUGCCAUGGACGCUGACCCACUGAGAGAGAGAGAGAGAGAGAGAGAGAACGAGAGAGAGAGAAAGUGAGGAAUAGAAGGAGCUGGAGGGGAAAGAGAGAGACAGACAACGGGAAGAGUGAAAGAAACGCAAGACCAGUAGAAGAGGAGGAGGAACGUGGAUUAGGAGACACUGGGACGAGAGAAGAAGAGAGGGAUUUACCCGUUUGUUACACCUGCUACCCCCUCAAACCCCCCCCCCAACCCCAUCAUCACCGUGGAAACCUAACCACUGCUCAGCGGACAAGCUGACACAGACCUUUAUUGCUGUCACUUCUGUGAAGUGGGAACCUUAGAGGAUUAUUGUUACUGAUCUUAUUUUUAUUAUAAUAAUAAUAAUGAAUAUUAUUUUGAUUAUUUUAUUGUCGUCUGAUUGUUGUUCGUUGUUGUUGUUGUUGUUGUUUGAAUCCAAAGUGCUGGACACAUCACACAUAGAGCGGAAGCGCCGCAGGGAUGUAGGGAGUAGCCACUGGAAGGGAGGAGAGGGGGAGAGGAGGAAGGAGGGUAGCUUACAAAAUGGAGGUGGGGGGUCGUAAUGGUGCUGUACGGACAGACGGACAGACUUUUGCUCCAGUGCACUGGCGUGCGCGAAUAUCCCCCAAUUUACACCGAAGCGCUUCCACGUCACCAAACCCACCAGUACUGUCAUGAACUCCUGUUCAAGACGUCAUCGCCCGUAGCGUCCUUCAAGCGUUGUUGUAUUAAACCUGUCUGUGACUAUGCCACGUGUUGUCAGUGGAGUCCUGGAGGGCGAUGAGAUGACAGAGUGCAUGUUUCUAUAAUGUUCUGUGCCGGAACCAGAAAACGAGGUGCUAGAUGUCUGGAGUUGUUGCUACUUCCAUGUUAUCAGAGGAGCUGAACACAACGACGGGGUGCUACGGUCAGAUCCUUCUUUUGUUCUAUUUUGUCUUUUCUUUUUCUGCUUUCAGAAGGAGGGAUGCCUUCGUCUUAAACAACACUCACGUUGUGCCAGAACCUUUAAGAAGGAGGCCCAUUGCUGAUGCAAAAUAAUGGAGUUGUGAAAAGUCCCUAAUAUUGCAAAACUGCACCGUUUGUCAAUGAAGUACUGAACUGGCUUUGAAGGACCUUUAUUGUUGUUCCCAUUAUCGUUAUUAUCAUGUCGUUAUUAUCAUGUCGUUAUUAUCAUUUAGUGGUUAUACUCCACCUCCAAAUAGCCUCAUCAAAAUGCAUUGGAGAGAGGUUCUAUUCGUAAGCCCGGAGGACCUCUGUAUCAGCUCUAUAACAGUGUGUGUGUAGUGCCGGGGUCUCAUCAGCGUGGGAAGAACGGACAGCCUCUUCAGCACUGUGACUGGAGUUAAGUGAAGGGCCAGUACUCGCGCACACACACACACUCGCACACACACGUCCCUCCCAGCAGACCACGACGUGUUGCCAGACCACGCAGAUCCGGUCUGCCACAGACAGACUACCUCCAGAUACUGUCACCCCCCAACCCCCCACUCUGUUCCCCACCUCCAUUCUUCGAAGAGAGAACAAAAAGCAAAUAACAGAAUAUUAUGCAACUCAAUGGUGCUUUUUUUUUUUUUUUUUUUAUUCCGGUGGAAUACUGUUUGUUUCCGUUGCCGCCUCCUCGUUUCCUCUUCCUCUUCAAGUGGGAGGCCUUUCCUGGCUUCACCCUGCCCUCCUCCCAGGCUCUUCUCCCUGGCUCUUCUCCCUGGCUCUUCUCCCUGGCUCUUCUCCCUGGCCUCUACCUGGCCCGUGGUGCUAUAGAAACGGGUGCAUUCACUCCCCACUAUUAUACAGUGACUAUAGGCUGGAUCUGUUCUGAGCAAUAUGAACACUAAGAUAGUGUCUAUGUUUGUUAAUGCUGGCACUGUUGUUGUUUGUUUCAAAUGAUCUCUUCUUACCUCACACUGGGAACUUUCAUUGAUGGUGUAGUAUCGUGUAGUAACCUCGCACACCCAAACACAACACCGCCACCCCUCACCCCUCACCCCUGACCCCUAUACAUGGAAUUCCAGCCAGUUGUAUCCUGUAUUAUUCCUAGUGGUGUCAAACAUUCUUCCAAUAUAAACCUUACCCAAGUGACAUUGCUGCUGGCGUUGGUUCGGGGGUUUGUGAAAAGGGACCACGACCUGUGUGUGGAACUGACCCACGGUUUCAGACAGCCUCAGACCCAUAUGGAGCCAUGCUGCGGAGGAUAAACCAGUAGGACUUAACGGAACCCCCAUACCAAUGGGAAAGACUAUUUAGGAGUCAUAAAUGGACCGCGUGGGGACUGCUACAAUCAUACAACGACUACGCUACUUUUGUUUUGCUGCUGCUACUUUUUGGUAGCCACCUCCGGUGUCACUAAGGACGUUAUGACCCUGAUCUUUGGUGAUGAAACGUUGAACCAGGACAUUUGGACAUUAGUGGACGGUGAAAACUAAAGCGUUUGACCCGUAUUGAACUCAAGAUGCUGGGGCUUCUUCCAGAGCUGUUUCUAUGUCAAAUCCUGAGGCUUGAAGUAACAGUUUAUUGGCAUUGGGACACGGAGCCUACAGACAGACAGAGAGACAGACUGACUGACAGAGGCACUCUAGAAGAUGCUCAAUCCAACUGGUACUCAUAGCUGUGAACUUGGACGUUAUGAAUGUCACAUUGCUUUACCACGUACCUUCAAGGGCAAGAGAGACAUGAAAAAGAAGAAGCAUUAUUUGAUUAGUUGCGUAUAUUUUAUAUUCAGUAUUAAUGUUGGUACACUGUUACUAAUAAUUUUUUUUACAUUGUAAAUGAAAUGCUAAUUUAUUGCCAUGUGUCACUUGUCAUACAUUUACUUCACUGCAUGCGAACAUAACGUUAGUCUUGUGGAAAAUAAAUGCAGUGAAAUAAGGCCCCUUCACCGAACUGAUUUAACGUAGAUACAUUACGACAAUAAAAAAAGAGCAGCUUCUGAAGA